AUGUUUUUACUAGCCAAAUUGGAAUCUAAGAUUCAAGAAGCCGUUGAGCAUAUUGAGCGAUUUCCCAGUGCUAAAAUAACUACUGUGUCAAUUCAAAGCCCUCGCUUGCAGAAGGGAGGGCAUUGUGCCGCUGUCCAUCGCCUUGACAGAAUCAACCUUGUAGUACGACCAGAGCUCGUUACAGAGGCAGCCAAUUACAUACUCCGCGAGCCGACCCCUCUAGCCGAACGGGACGAUCCCCCGGUGGUUGGUCUCAACUGCACUGCACAAGUACGAUAA